GAGACUUUAGAAGGAUAAUCAUUACUUACUGAAGAAAUCCUUGUAACCUUAGUGCUUUUUUUUCUGUGUCCAGGCUGGAUAUCCUCCCUUUUGGAAUGAAAAAGUAGAAUUUCUUCUUCUUAGUAUCCUGCAGUGUAACUACACCUUCCCAUCACCGUACUGGGACACCGUGUCUGAACCUGCCAAAGAUCUUAUCAGGAGGAUGCUGGUUGUGGAUCCCCAACAACGCAUCCAAGCCGCCGAGGCUUUGAAACACGAGUGGAUAUGUGAACCAGACGGGAUCCCAGGGUCACGACUCAACAGACGCAGUACCCUUGUUCGACUCACUGCCUUCAAUGCUAGACGGAAACUGAGGGGAGUAGUGUUGGGACUUAUUGCUCGAAAUAGACUCAAGUUCAAACCGACAACCAACAUGAAGCUCACGCGCAAAGAUUCCUACGUCCCACACCAUGAUGCUGAUCUGCAGAACAAAGUACGACAACUGAUGGCCAACGACACAUUAAUGACGUCCAUUGAAGAGGAAGAACGCCAAGAACAAGCAAAUAAAGACUACAACGUUCGAGAUAUCAAACCACACCGUUCACAUACCUACAGGACAUCAGUACAACUAGACAUCCAACCAUCAAAAUCUGAAUUACGUUCAAUUCGUUCAGAACGUCGAAGACGAUCUCAAAAGCGAGCAAAAGAAAACGCGCAAUCAAAUAACUAGUUUUGCUUUAUACCAAGUGUCAAAGUCCAUUUCUUCACUCUUCUCAUUGGACAAGAGUGUACCACUUGAUAGUCAUCGAAUUUCACUGUUUCCAGGUAACCGUACUGAGCGGGUCGCCUCCUCCGCAGGCAUCUCAUUGGCUCUUUUUUGCUCCUUGGACUAUCUGUGGCGAGAACAAAAAAGACGAUCCUUCUCCUCUCUGGUUCCUAGUUCUUCUCUGCCAUAAAAUUUAACACAGGGAUCCCAACAGAGAAUAUAUGGGGUAGCCUGCGGAGGAGGCAGCUGUGCGGGAAACAUCGCAUUUAUUCACUGGUGAAUAACAAAACCGGAAAUGAUUUUAUGGAAAGUGUUAGUUUUUCUAAAUUUUUAAAAAUCUAAUAAAAAAAUCGAAUAUAUGGUUUUCUGUUUUUUUGACACUUAGUGAACAACAAGACACUUAUUUGAUGAGCU